UGCUCUUACUGUUGAAAAUCCAUGCUUCUAUGCGUUAUCCACAAUCAGAGGAGAAUAAUUUUGUUAAACAUUUUUGUGUGAUCAGGGUUUGGUCUGAAAGAGGGGAAUUAUGAUCACUCUUUCACUGGUACCCUUUGUGUCUGGGCUGUGUAUAGGAUUUCUGUCUAUUCAAUACUUUGUUUACUCAGACACAGGCACUGCAAAACCAGCUGUUUUCUCACUGGGCAACUCCAGUGGAGUUCAUAAUGACAAAAGGGUUCCAAGACACAUACACUCAGAUGAGGACAGGAGUGUUGCAGCCAGCCUGUCCCAAAAUGUACGAGUACUAUGUUGGAUCAUGACUGGGCCUAAGAACCUGGAGUCCAGAACCAAACACAUCCGGGCCACCUGGGGCAAACGAUGCAACAAAGUCCUCUACAUGAGCUCAGUGGAGACAGAAUUCCCCACGGUGGGGCUCAACGUAACUGAGGGACGAGACCAGCUCUACUGGAAGACCAUCAGAGCCUUCCAAUACAUCUACCAACACCACCGCAACGACUACGACUGGGUCCUCAAAGCCGACGAUGACACGUUCGUGGUCAUCGAGAACCUCCGACACACAUUGUCUAAACAGGACCCGGAGAAGCCUGUAUACUUUGGGAGAAGGUUCCGACCGUUCGUCCAGCAGGGUUACAUGAGUGGUGGAGCCGGCUAUGUCCUCAGUAAAGAAGCCGUCAGAAGGUUCAUCAAGGGAUUCGACACUGGGAAAUGUUCCCACUUCUCCACCAUUGAAGACAUGGCUCUAGGGAAGUGUAUGGAGACUAUGGGUGUGGAGCCGGGGGACUCCAGAGAUGUGAAGGGAAGGCAGACGUUUCAUCCCUACCCACCACAGAAGUACCUGGUCAAAGAGCCACCCAGAAAACUGCCCUGGUAUCUCUUAUACGACCACUACAAACCAAGAGAGGGCCCAGAAUGUUGUUCAGAUCACAUCGUAUCAUUUCACUACAUCUACCCUGUAGAGAUGCACACACUGGAAUACUUCACCUAUCAUCUACGGCCCUAUGGAUACAAGUACAGGUACAACCCUGAUGCUCUAGCAGCUGAAAUGGAGAGUAACACCACCACACCUGUCUCUGCUUAACACAGAGAUAUCACAGACAGACUACUGCACUGAAGAAAGAACUUAUUACUGUGUCAUGUUUAAAUGCCGAAACAACAGCCUGACAUUGCCACUUUCUUUGGUAAGCUGAGCAACGAGACUGAGGAAAUUGAACCACUCUCAAAUUCAUUGACAUGGUAGUUUUUUUGAAGCUAUACAUUAUUUACAUAGACAACAAAUACAUGAACAAUAGAGUAAUAUUGUUUAUUUUUGUGACAGGGUGAGACUGUUGAACUAAGCUCAUAAGGCAUUUGCAUAUCAUUAAUCAAAUUUGCAUUGAGAAGCAAGGAAUCUUCCAGACUUUGCCUUUAACUGUAGGCUUGCACUAUCGACCACAACUGUUAAUCGUAUAAUCUGCGUAGGUCUUAUCUGUACAUAUGAUAUUUAUUUAAGGUUCUUAUGUUUCGGGCAUUCUAUAUUUUGUGUAUAUUUUAUUAUAUAUUUAUUCAAACAAACAGCUAAGUUCAUUCUGUUUGAGUUUCACAUUUCCUUCUUUGCUUUUGUUGUACAAUGUAAAUAUAUAUAUUUUACAACUUACAGUAAAACAUAGGUUAAUAUGAUAUUUUGUUCAAAUGAAAAUAGAAUGUAUGUAUGUAUGUAUGUAUGUAUGUAUGUAUGUAUGUAUGUAUGUAUGUAUGUAUGUAUGUAUGUAUGUAUGUAUGUAUAUAUGUAUAUAUGUAUGUAUGUAUGUAUGUAUGUAUGUAUGUAUGUAUGUAUGUAUGUAUGUAUGUAUGUAUGUAUGUGUUCUAUAGAUUUCUGAAGGUCUAACGCAAUAUUACAUUCAGAUUGUUAGCUAAAGACGUGUACUGAACUUGUCAAGAUUUCAACAUAAAAUUAUAUUUCUAUUUC